ACUUUGUAGUAAAAACAUUAAAAAUACUUUGUGCUGCAUUGUGAAUUUAUACAGGCAUAUUUGUAAGAAACACUAGAUAGUUACAUACUACUCAUAAAAUUGAGAAAAUGAGCAAAGUCAAGCAAUUUAUAGGUUCGUAUUGUUUUUUUUAGAUAUAGGAGCCAAUUUAACGGAUGCCAUGUAUCAAGGGGUGUACAAUGGCACUAAAAAGCAUGAGCCGGACUUAGAAAAUGUUUUAAAAAGAAGUUGGGAAGCGGGGCUAAAACGAAUUAUCAUUACGGGAGGGAAUUUACAAGAAAGCAAAAGAGCUUUAGAAAUUUCUAAAAGAAAUGAUAAUCUAUUUUCUACUGUGGGUUGUCAUCCAACUAGGUGUUUAGAAUUUGAAGAAAAUGAAGCUAGCCCUCACGAUUACUUGAAAAAUUUAGAAAAGCUUGCCUUAGAAAAUAAAUCUAAAGUAGUUGCAAUUGGAGAAUGUGGGCUAGACUAUGACAGAACACAGUUUUGCCCAAAAGAAAUUCAAAUAAAAUAUUUUGAAAUGCAAUUGAAAUUGACGGAAACCUUAAAAUUGCCCCUUUUUCUUCAUUGCAGAAAUGCGGCAACUGAUUUAUACAAUAUUUUGUCAAAGCAUGACAACUUAAAAGGAGUUGUCCAUUCUUUUGAUGGAACAUUGGAAGAAGCUAUGAAAUUUAUCGAUCUCGGAUAUUUUAUUGGUUUAAAUGGAUGUUCUUUAAAAACAAAAGAAAAUCUAGAAACCGUAGCACAAUUGCCGGCAGAUUGUUUAUUAGUGGAAACAGAUUGUCCUUGGUGUGAAAUAAGACCGAGUCAUGCGGGGUAUAAAUAUAUAUCGAAAGAAAACCAUUUCCAAAGUGUAAAAAAGGAAAAGUGGUCUGCUGAUUUUAUGGUUAAAAAUAGAAACGAACCUGCUAAUAUUAGGCAAGUUUUUGAAGUUUUGGCUGCCAUAAGAAAUGAAGAUCCUAAUUCUCUUUCUGAAAUUAUUUAUAAUAAUACUUUAAAGUUGUUUUUUUAAUGUAAUUGUA